AGAUCGAUAAGCUGUCUAGUACAUAAACGAAAAAAAAUGAAAUCGACGAUCUCGAAUAUUCUUUCUUCCCAUCAAUCGCCGAGUUGAAUCAGAAUGCAAUCGAAAGUCCAAAUCACAGCCGUUGUUCUCUCCUGCCUCCUCUUCCUCUCUGACGGCGUUCCAACGGCCUACGAAGCAAUCCAAGCCUACGGUUUCCCUAUCGGUAUAGUCCCAAUAGGGGUAACACACUAUGAUCUGGACGAGACCACCGGCAAAUUCAACGCCUAUAUGAACGCUUCCUGCAGCUUCUCUUUGGAAGGCUCGUAUCAGCUCAAGUACAGCUCUGUCAUCAGCGGCUUCAUACGUCAAAAUAAGCUCACUGAUUUAUCUGGUGUUAAAGUCAAAGUGCUGUUUAUCUGGUUGAGUAUCGUCGAGGUCAGGAGAAACGCCGACAAGCUGGAAUUGCCUCUGCUGAUUUUGGGAUUGAUAAUUUCUUUAUAUGCCCGCAAAGUGGCUGUGGAUUGGAUUGCAAUGCUUUGGAUCUUGUUUCUUCGGUUUAAACCGAGGUUUCUAUUGGAAAAAUAUCCUCUGAUUCGACGUUGUUGAACAUGGCAUCUCCGUCAUGUUUCAGUCCUCUAUUUCAUUUUAUUUACUAAGAAAAUGAAAUACGAGAUUGGAGCAUGUAAGUGGAUCAAAAAGUCAUGCGUUGCCUCUCCGGACACUUUUUUAAAGUGAUGGUGUUUGGAUCAGUCCAAUGAAAAAUCAGGAUUUCUCUUCUCUUCAUUUUAUUCCAAAAUCAUACAAACUCAGAACUCUCACAUGGUAUGUAUCAUUUUUACUAUUUGCGUGUACCGAAUAAUUGUAACAUUGUG